AUGUCGCUACUACACAACCCCCAGCAGACUCCUCCCCAGUCACCCCGGCCUUCCUCUCAAUCCACAAUCCCGGCAGAGGAGUCAAAUCGGGCUGUUGAUGCUUUGGUCGACGCUAUCCGCAAUCUGGCUUCCGAUGAUAAUUACAAGAUGAUCUCAGACGUAUUCAGAGAUGCCCAGAAACUGAAGACAGAAAAUGCCCGUCUGGCAUCCGCGUCCCGCGAUGUUCUGGAAGAAUACCGCAAAUUUCGGAAUGAAUUGGAAGCCAAAGAGACCAAGUUGUUGGAGCAGCAAUCUCAACUGCAACAAGACAUCAUCGAAAAGGACGCACGCAUUCAAGAGCUUAAGACCAGCAAUUCCAAACUCGAUGCCAAGUUCCAAAAGAGCCGGCGCAAGUUGGAUGAGGAAAGCCAGAAAUGCCUCGAGCUCGCCGAGAAACGAAGUGAGCUAGAAAAGACUGCCAGCGUCCUGAAGGCAUCGCUUGAUGAGAAGAAUGAACUCGCCAGUGCCUUCGAAGGCAACAUGUCAAAAAUGGACGAUGGGCUCGCUGAAGCCAAAAGAGACCUUGAAUUGAGGAGUGCCGAACUUGCAAGUCUCGAAGCAGCCAAGAAAGAGGUGGAAGAACAGCUCGGCGAAGCGAGGGCAUCUUCAGACGCAAAUAACAAGCAGCUCGCAGAGGUAGAGCAGGCAAAAGCCACGGUCGAUGCCGAACUCGCUGAAGUGAACCUCAGGCUGGGGGAGAAAGCAGAGGAGAUGGAGAAGCUCACCACGACCAAGGAUGAGCUUGCAUCAGAGCUGGCCAAGGCCAGAGAUGAGCUUCUCGACAAGUCCAAAGAGUUCGAAGAUCUCGCAACGCUGAAGUCGUCCCUGGAUGUCAAAGUUUCCGAGCUCGCUGCUAAGAUUGAAGAUCAGGCACUCGAGCUGGAUGGCCUCUCUCAGGCUAAGGCAAGACUGGACUCUGCUACGACGGAGACCCACGCAGCGCUCGAAGUCAAGACCCUGGAGACAGAAGAGCUCGCAUUACAACUGGCAGAGUUAAGAGUCAACUACGACAACAAAGCUACUCAAGUCCAGAGCCUGACAGCUCAGCUUGCUGAUAUCAGCGGAAAGCUGGACGCCAGAUCUCAAGAGCUGCAAGAGCUCUUUGAAACAAAAGCAGAAGUUGACUCCAAACUAGCCGAGGCCAGAACUGAAGCGGACGCCGAGCGAGAAUCGAAGAUGACUGCCCAACAAGAGUCGGCAGCAAGCACCGAAAGUCUCCAAAAGGAGGCCGAGAGGACAGCCAUCCUGCUGGACGAGGUCAACCACCUUCGACAAACCAUCUCAACCCGGAACGAAGAGGUCGAGAAGUUGAAGGGCGAGAUCGUCAAGGGAAAUGACGACCUCUCCCAGACGCAGUCGAGCCUGAGCAAACUUGAGAACAUCAUCCAAGAGCUCGAGCGAGACCUGCAGAGCAAGACAGACAGACUCGACCAGAUCGAUGCUUACCAGGUGCAACUGAAGCACGAGCCGGAGGAGACAUGCGUCGAGAUCCUCGACACGAUCUGGGUCUCCAUCCUCAACCUCUGCGAGCACCACUUCGGCCAGGACCUCGACCCCACGGUGCUGCGCGACCCGUCCUGCUGGGCCAGCCUCCGGUCCGCAGACCACCUCAGGGCCCAGGCGGUACGCCUCCCGCUCCCGCGGUCCAACACGCCCGCCGCGAAGCAGAUGCGCAUAGCCGCGGUGCUGGCCGCGCUGACGCGCUCGAUGGCGCGGCACAUCUUCCGCCCCGCCUGGUGGACCGCGGCGGCAGCCGAUGCCGGCGUGGACGCCGCCGACGGCGCGCUGGGCAGCCUCCUGCGCCGGCUCGAGGCCGCCAGCCCGGAGCACGAGAGGCACCUGCGCGGGGCGCUGCUCGCGGCUGCCGGGGUGGUGCAGAAGCACUCGCAGUCGCACUCGCACUCGGUCCAGAACGGGGAAGAGGGCAAGAAAGCUGGAGAGGAGCAGGGGGCUUCGAACCCCCACGCCGCCGCCGUCGCUGGCCCGGCAAGACGCCGCGCCGCCGCCGUCGUCCGCGAGGUCACGUUCCUCGUGCAGCACCUGCUGUCGGCGCUGCAGUACGAGGCGUUCCGCAGGGGCCUCGAGGAGUGCGUGGCGCUCGCGUGCGGGCAGUGGGCGAGGGUGCAGGCGGCCGCCAUGAAGGUCGAGCCGUACUUUGGCCCCCCGUACGACGACUUCGACUGGCAGGUCCUGAUGCUGCCCGAGGGGUUCGAGGGGAGUCUCGGUGACAUUCCUGGUGCUGCUGCUGCUGGUCAGGAUGCUGUAGCUUCUUCAACACCUUCUCCUAGUCCUCUCGGGGAUACGGAUACGGCCGCUCGGGACGCCAACGAGGAUACGUCUACCAUCGCCGAGUCGGUCCGGUCUGUCAUCGACCCAGCCGACAUCAUGAUGGUCCUCUGGCCGACCAUGUGCGCCGUCGAGGGCGGAGAGCUCGUCUCCAUCACCCAGGGCCUGGUGAUGGCCAAGGAACAGGCUGCUGCCGCCUUCGAGGAGGAGGGUCGCCGGCGGGCCCCCAAACACAACGGCAAGAGGGCGAGGUCCAUGUCGCAGUCGAGGAAUGGUGCGGCUGGGAAACCUCACUCCGGCAAGGCCGUCUUGGCUCAGUUGAAGAGAGAGCGCGACGAUGGCAGUGCAGCCGCAGACUCCCGCAGUGGCUCUCGAAACGGUUCUCUGAAUGCCGUUGAUUGA